AACCCCAUCUACCUUCCUGUUAUCCGACCGAUAUGGACUCACCGUGUUCAAUCUUUGAGAUUUACAUCCGUUACCAUGACAUUAGAUCACUAAAAUCAUGUCAAACGGAUGAAAAUGAUGAACACGAGGGUAAAACUUCCAGGGAUGCUUUGGCGCAGCUUUCGAAAAUUGUGGACUUAAAAUUCCAUUCAAGAACUUCAAUUUUUGAUGAACUUCUCAAGCUCAUGUCAAAGCUAGAACUUAUGGUGGAUUUCUCAGAAUUUUCUCGUUUCUAUGAUUUUGUAUUCUUCAUGUGCCGUGAAAAUGGUCAAAAGAAUAUCACUGUAAACAAGGCUAUUACAGCAUGGAAAUUAAUUUUAGCUGGGAGGUUUCGGUUGCUAAACCAAUGGUGUGACUUUGUUCAGGAAAAUCAACGACACAAUAUAUCUGAGGAUACUUGGCAACAAGUUUUAGCUUUUAGCCGGUGUGUACAUGAAAAUCUUGAAGGGUACGAUCCUGAAGGUGCUUGGCCUGUCCUAAUAGAUGACUUUGUUGAGCACAUGUACAGGGUAUUGGGGUCAAACAGGGAGCCAAACUUUUUCUGUAAUUGUGGUGAUUCAGAGUCUCAAUCAUGCACAUUUGAAGACCCUCUUCCUGGAUUGAAAGAUACUCCUGGUUUGAAGAGGAAGUUAUCUAGCUUUCAAAUGGAGGAAAUGGUGUCCUCAGAUGCUGUCUUCCUUGAUUCUGUCGGCCCAAAUUUUAUGUUGAAUUCAAAGAGAAGUAAGCUGAUUGAUUACAGACCAUUGAACUGGGAGGAUAAUCCACCUGGUAAUUCAGCCAGUGAUGGCAUGGAUAUCACUAAGCAGAAUAAUUCGCUGGGGUCCAUGAAAUCUCCAUGUGCAGUUGAAGGAUGCUUGUCGAGGGGCUUUGCAGGGUUAUUCUCAACUCGUUCCUAUCUACAACUUGACCGGGAGAGGAGAGUCUCGUAUACAUAGAGCUUCCACCUGAGUAACAAAUACAGGAAAGCUGUCCAUUCCCACCCAGUCUUCAACAGUUCCACAAGGAUAUAUCUAUUUUGAAUUGCACUUGUAAGGGUUGCUGGUUGCAGGUCGGUGUUACAUCAGUAUUCUGCUGUGAUUGAUAGAAUAAAAAUAUUCCUUAGAUUGUUUGAUUUCAUAGUCUUGUCAGAAAAAAUAAACGAGGGUUUCCUGCUUCAGUGAAUGUGACUGUAUUUUUUGUUAUUGGAUCAUGCGUAGCGUAAUAUGAUA